AUGGACUUCGAACAGUAUGGGCAGAGCUCCCAGCAGCCUCGACAGCGGAGAAGAAGAGCUGGAAAGCGGCGAUUGAACAAUAAGACACCCAUCGCAGCACGUUUGGCGCUGGAUCCCCAGCUGCGUGGGAAGAUCGGCAUAUUAUCCGAGGAUCUAGCGAAUGACCUCUUCCAGCAACAAGCUCUCCAAGAUGUCACUACUUCCGACGAUGGAGUGCUUUAUGUUGCAAUUGCCCCGCAUACGCCGACUUAUACCUCUGUGGAAGAUCAGGCCUGGACGAUACUUCCAGUGCGCAUCCAGCCCACAGAGAGAUCGCCAGUUCCAAUGUCACACUCGACCGUGCUAUUUCCUGAAUCAGCAGACUCACUCCAGCCUUUCCUCCAGGCCUUGGGGAAAGUUGACUUGUCACGCAACUCCCUACAGGCACACCGUUCCGUAGAAAUUCGGAUUCUGGAUGUCGCCCCGAUUCACCUCGAUACAAUCUUUGUGACCGUUGAGAGACAUCUCCUCCGCAAUCACGAUGAUGUGCAGAGCAAAUUUGGUGGUGGAUUCACGAAUGCGCAGGGGCCGAAUGGACUCUGGGGGAAGGCGGGGAAGUCAGCAGAAGCCAAGAAGUAUUCGAAAAGAGCUGCAGCCGAUGCCGAACAACGUCUCACUGCAGCAGUUCGUGAAGCAUUGGGAGCUCAGCGCAUUGUACAUACCGGAGACGUGCUGCCCCUUCCACUCCCUUCCCAUCCCAUAACUCAUGCGCCACCACCCCCUGCGCGGAUCUCAUUCUGCGAGCCUGUUUCGCAAGGCUUGCUGAUGUCGACGACAAAGAUCGUGCUUGUCCAGGCUCGCCCUCAAGGACUCCGCGCUCAACAAACUGUGCCUUCGAGAUCUGCGCUUCUGAAGCAAGUGGCCGAGGACGAAGCUGACGACACUUCCAACGAACAAUUUUAUUCUGCAGCCGAGGAUAAGCCUGGUGAAAGUGGGACAGAAAUGGAGGUAACAUCAGCUGCCGAGGAGUCAGAAACAGAGGGCUCAGUAGGAUCUAUGAGUGACUCCUCGGAUGAUUCUCUGGAUGAUAUGAUUUCUCUUAGUGCGCCUGAACUGCCCCAGCCACCAUCGGGGGUGAUGUCUUCCUUGACUUCGGCUACCCCGAGAGCUGGCGGUCGACGAUCAGAUGGAAUACAUACCCCCGGGUCUGUGGCAUCGAAUUUCACAUCGGCCACCAUGCGCCCUGGCCGUGGUGGAGGCAAGACCUUCAAGGUGGAAGGUCUGCUGCAACAAGUCCCAAAUGAGGUUCUGCACCCACGGCCUCGCGACGAUGAAGACGUCGACUCCUUUGUCUUUGUAGAUAUCAGCACCCUCGCUAAGAUCGGAUGCUUCUCUGGCGAUUGGGUCAGAAUCGAAGCCGCCGAGGAGCCUCAGCUGAACAUGUUCGCCUCGCUCAAAUUUGGAAGUUUCAACGACUCCCCCGAAGACUCAGGCGAUUGGCGCCCGGUUAAGAUUUUUGGUCUUUCGGGCCUCCCGUCCUCCAAGCCGCGGUAUGCCAUUAAUCACUCAGGUGAACGCCGGUCUAGUAUUUCGCAACGUCAACCCACCCGCUUGACCCCUUCGGUUUUCGUCCCUCCGUUGCUUCUUGGUAAUAUUGAAAACCCCAAGUACCUACGAAUUUCUCCGAUGACCUUCGCUACCCCUGCUGGCUCUUCCAAACCUGGUCUUUUGCAUCAUAUGAAGAACACUGCUGCUAAGAAUCCACCUUUGGCGAAAGAGGUCACGCUGCUCAAGGUUUCCACUCCUCUCUCAAUGGAUCGGGUCCUUCAACCAGCGCUGUUUGCAGGACUGAAGCAGUACUUUGAGUCACGCCGGCGUAUCCUUAAAAGUGGUGAUUUGGUCGGAAUUAGCGUGGACGAAGGACUUGGCAGAGCGGUGUUCUCUGGCACCGCUGGCGGUGACAGUGCCAGCCAGGAAGAAGAUAUCACCAUUCGGCUGGGUCAAGGUGCCAAUGGAAAUAAUGCUGGAGCCCGCAAAAUCGGGGUUGCUUGGUUCCGUGUCGGGCAGGUAGCCCCGACUACUGUAGAGGAGCUGGAGGAGACAGGCGAAGAUCAGUGGGGCGGAGUUGCUGUACUUGACCCGGCGACCACGCGCAUGGUACAGGCUGGAAGCGACGUGAGCCGAGUUCCCGGCGUGUUGGGUAACGGGUGGGAGUAUUGGCUGGGCGUCAAGACGAUCCCGAAGAGCAUCCAUGAUGUCCCAAUGCCCCAUGGAAUCGUUGCCGAACCGCCGCAGUCCUUUACCCCAUUAUUGCAGCAGCGAAUCCGUGAUUUGAUGUCUGCUGCCACAAGCCCACGGGCCAUUCAGCUAGGAAUGAAGCCUGUCUUUAUUCUCCUCAGAUCCCAGCAAAGACAUAUCGGCAAGGCAACCGUCGCAACUCGAGCGUGCUCAGAUAUUGGCCUCCACACAUUCCCCAUCGAUGCAUACGACAUCUUGACGGAAGGCGGCGCGAAUGGUGGCGACGUUAAGACCGAAGCAUAUCUCAAAGCCCGAGCAGAACGGGCUUUCCACUGCGGAGCAAACUGCACCGCACUGCUGAUCAGGCAUAUCGAGGUUCUAACCGCUGAUCGCAUUGUCACGGCAAUGGCCGAUAUCUUGAACGAUGCGAGAGUUGUCAUUGCUACCACCACUGAUGUUGAAACUAUCCCGGAAGGUAUCCGCAGCCUCAUCACCCAUGAGUUCGAGAUGGGUGCUCCGGAGGAGAAAGAACGUGAAGGCAUUCUGCGAAAUGCCGUCGCGGAGCGCAGUAUCAGACUGUCUGCGGACGUGGAAUUGGGCACCAUUGCUCUGAAGACCGCAGCUCUUGUCGCAGGAGAUCUGGUUGACGUCGUGGAACGAGCUGCCGGGGCGAGAACAGCUCGCCUCGAAAGUCUGGCCGAGGCUAGCAAGAAGCUUUCCGGCUCGGAGGUCUUUGUUAGAGACGUCCUGCUGGCAGGAGGCGACGGUGCACGAGGUGUUACCAAGGCAGACUUUGACACUGCUGUAGAAGCUGCGCGGAAGAACUUUGCCGAUUCGAUCGGUGCACCCAAGAUUCCAAACGUUGGCUGGGAUGAUGUUGGUGGUUUGACUAAUGUUAAGGAUGCCUUGGUUGAGACAAUUCAGCUGCCUCUUGAACGGCCCGAGCUCUUCGCCAAGGGCAUGAAGAAGCGCAGUGGUAUCUUGUUCUAUGGCCCACCCGGCACCGGCAAGACCCUGCUUGCCAAGGCCAUUGCCACCGAGUUCUCUCUCAACUUCUUCUCCGUUAAGGGCCCCGAACUGCUUAAUAUGUACAUCGGUGAAUCCGAGGCAAACGUGCGCCGGGUAUUCCAGCGCGCUCGGGAUGCUCGUCCCUGCGUUGUGUUCUUUGAUGAGCUGGAUUCUGUUGCCCCCAAACGUGGUAACCAGGGAGACAGCGGUGGUGUUAUGGACCGUAUUGUUAGUCAGCUGCUCGCAGAGCUGGAUGGAAUGAACGGCGGCGAGGAGAAUAGCGGUGGAGUUUUCGUCAUUGGCGCGACUAAUCGUCCUGAUCUGCUUGACACUGCACUUCUCCGCCCUGGUCGCUUCGACAAGAUGCUCUACCUGGGCGUGUCAGAUACACACAGGAAGCAGGCGACUAUCCUUGAGGCUCUAACGCGAAAAUUCGCUCUCAACCCCGAUGUCUCGCUUGACCGCGUAGCAGAACAGCUUCCCUUGACAUAUACUGGUGCUGAUCUGUAUGCACUCUGCUCUGAUGCCAUGCUAAAAGCUAUCACCCGAAAGGCCACCGCGGUCGACGACAAGAUCAAGACUUUGCCAAAUGGUCCCGUCAGCACUGCUUGGUUCUUUGACCAUCUUGCCACGAAGGAGGAUGUGAAUGUGACGGUAACCGAGGAGGAUUUCCUGUCUGCUCAAGGGGAGCUUGUGCCAAGUGUUAGUGCCAAGGAGCUCGAACACUUCGAGCGUAUCCGUCAAACCUUCGAAGCAGUGGACAAGUCAAAGCAAGAUCCCGCCGCUGCCGCGCCACAGACAAUCGCAGAGGCAAUGGAGGCAUUCAAUUUGGGCGGCUCGGCUACACUAGAAGAGGCACCGGCCACGAAUGGUGACAGCCACGGAGCUGGGAGUAUUCACGGCCGUAUCAAAGGCCUGAACAAAUGGUCAGGCAACGGUGUCCGCAGCGCCAGCGGCCAGUCAACAACCAGCAGCAAAGGCAAAGGAAAGAGCAUCAGCAAGAAGGGAAAGGGGUCCCGCACUGGUGCGGAAUCUGAUGGAUCUGUUGAUGGUGACGAUGAGGAUAUGGCAGGUGGUGCCAAUGCCAAAGAUGACGAAGACGAGGAUGAUUACAUCGUUCGGACUGAUCACUUGAUGAACCGCAUGGAGGAGGUUGAAUAG